AUGGGCAAAGCAACGACGGAUAAUAAGAAAGCGGCAAAAGGUGGCAAGAAAAUGAAGGAUCCGAAUGCACCCAAACGCGCCAUGUCGGCAUUCUUCAUUUGGAUGAACGAGAAUCGCGAUCGAAUCAAGAAACCGGGCAUGAGCGUUGGCGAUGUGGCCAAAGCAGCCGGAAUCGAGUGGGCUGCAAUGACCGACAAAUCGGUUAGUGCAUGUUUUUAUUCGGUUUUUUCUUUUUUUUGA